ACAGGGAAAGUGUAAAAGUGGACCGGAGGGAGAUCUGGAGGAGAAAGCGGGCCUGUGCCAGAGUUUGUUGAAGGGAAGAGUUAAGGGCCCCCGAGUAUGGGUAGGUGUCAACUUCUUGGGGCAAGAAAGAGAAUAACGGUUGAGAACUGCCGAGGUGCCUGGGAGAGGUUCAGGGCUCCACCAUAGUGAUUAUGAACGCCCUGCUCUCUGACCUGGAGACCACCACCUCACACAUGCCAAGGUCAGGGGCUUCAAAAGAGAGGCCCCCAGAGCCGCUCACACCUCCCCUGCCCUAUGGCCACCAGCCGCAGUCAGGCUCUGGGGAGCCUUCAGGAGGCUCUGGGGACAAAGACCAUCUGUACAGCACGGUAUGCAAGCCUCGUUCCCCAAAGCCUGUGGCUCCUGCGGCCCCUCCGUUCUCCUCUUCCAGCGGUGUCUUGGGCACUGGGCUCUGUGAGCUAGACCGGUUGCUCCAGGAACUUAAUGCCACCCAGUUCAACAUCACAGAUGAAAUCAUGUCUCAGUUCCCAUCUAGCAAGGUGACUGCAGGGGAGCAGAAGGAAGACCAGUCUGAGGACAAGCAAAGGUCUAGCAUCCCCCCCAGUUCAUCCCCUGUUCCCCCAAAGCCUUCGGCCACCUCAGCCACUCUGGAGCUGGACAGACUGAUGGCCUCUCUCUCUGACUUUCGUGUCCAGAACCAUCUUCCAGCCUCUGCUCCAACUCAGCCACCAGUGUCCAGCUCCAUGAAUGAGGGCUCCCCAUCGCCGCCCCCAGGGCCACCUACCAAGGGCAGCCUAGAUACCAUGCUGGGGCUGCUGCAGUCGGACCUCAGCCGCCGUGGGGUUCCCACCCAGGCCAAGGGCCUCUGUGGCUCCUGCAAUAAACCCAUCGCUGGGCAAGUGGUGACGGCACUGGGCCGCGCCUGGCACCCUGAACACUUCGUUUGUGGUGGCUGUUCCACGGCUCUGGGAGGCAGCAGCUUCUUCGAGAAGGACGGAGCUCCCUUCUGCCCUGAGUGUUACUUCGAGCGCUUCUCGCCACGAUGUGGCUUCUGCAACCAACCCAUCCGCCACAAGAUGGUUACCGCCUUGGGCACCCACUGGCACCCGGAGCACUUCUGCUGCGUCAGUUGCGGGGAGCCCUUCGGCGAUGAGGGCUUCCACGAGCGCGAGGGCCGCCCGUACUGCCGCCGGGACUUCCUGCAGCUCUUCGCCCCGCGCUGCCAGGGCUGCCAAGGCCCCAUCCUGGACAACUACAUCUCGGCGCUCAGCGCGCUCUGGCACCCGGACUGCUUCGUCUGCAGGGAAUGCUUCGCGCCCUUCUCGGGAGGCAGCUUUUUCGAGCACGAAGGCCGCCCGCUGUGCGAGAACCAUUUCCACGCGCGGCGCGGGUCGCUGUGCGCCACGUGUGGCCUCCCAGUGACGGGCCGCUGCGUGUCGGCCCUUGGCCGCCGCUUCCACCCGGACCACUUCACCUGCACCUUCUGCCUGCGCCCGCUCACCAAGGGCUCCUUCCAGGAGCGCGCCGGCAAGCCCUACUGCCAGCCCUGCUUCCUCAAGCUCUUCGGCUGACCGCCCGCCCCGACAGGCCACGCCCCUGGAAUGUCACGCCCUCCGGAUCCCGCGGCCCGGCUCAGAGCCGGCGGCUGCCCCCAACCCGGGUCUGGGCGGCCCCACCCACUGGCGAGAUCCCGCCCCUAAAGUUCUCUUCAGUCCUCGGUGGUCAAAUUUAGAAAAGGCCCCACCACUCCUAAGGUCGCACACCCCAAAUUGUGGGUCUUAUCUUGAUGAGACAUCCCGCGCGAGCCCUUCACUCGAUUUCCACCCUUGGGGGACCCCUCUGACUGGGGGAGAGGCCUUGCACUUCCCGACUAACCCGAGGCCCAGCCGGGACGUCCUGCUCCCUCACCUGUCUGUGCACUUUUUUUCUACCUACAUAAACACACCUUCCACACCU